CACUUCCUUGGGGAGCGCACUGCCUGAGGAGUCAGUUAGAAGCUGCUCCUCAUUUGCAGACUUUCCGGGCGCCCACCAGGCUCCCGGGCUCUCACCGGAGACCACAGGGAGGAGCUUCAAGGUACCCCAAGUUCCUGCGGCCUCCAGCAGUGAACACUUCCCCCAGGGGUCUCACUCUGUCACCCAGUCUGGAGUACAGUGGCAUGAUCUUGGCUCACUGCAACCUCUGCCUCCCGGGCUCAAGCGAUCCUCUCACCUCAGCCUCCUGAGUAGCUGGGACCACAGGAGUCUUCCUAUGUCACUGAAUAAUGAAUGAAGAUGAGAGGGAAAAAGAGAAGAGGUCACUGUGCCAGGUACUGUGCUGGGCUUUGUUCUGGAAGAGACAAGGAGACAGAUAUGCUCCCUAUCCUCAAGAGCCCCACAGCAAAGGAAGACAAAGUCAAUCCAAAAAGCUCUCAAAGGAAAUUAAAUUGGAUUCCAUCAUUUCGUACCUAUGAUUACUUCAACCAAGUGAUGCUACAGUUAUUAGAUGGCUUUAUGAUUACACUGAGCGCAGAUGGAGUGAUCAUUUAUGUGGCUGAAAACAUCUCUUCUCUUCUUGGACAUUUACCAGCUGAGAUUGUGGGCAAAAAAUUAUUAAGCCUUCUGCCUGAUGAAGAGAAAGAUGAAGUCUACCAAAAGAUUACUCUCAAAUUUCCUUUACUAAACUCAGAAACACAUAUUGAAUUUUGCUGUCAUUUAAAAAGAGGAAAUGUUGAACAUGGUGAUAAUUCUGCUUACGAAAACGUGAAAUUUAUUGUGAAUGUAAGAGAUAUUUGUAAUGAGUCUCCUGUGGUCUUUAGUGGCUUUUUUUCCAACCACCUCUAUGCUGACUUCUCUGCUGCAUGUAUUCCUCAGGAGGAUCGGUUUUAUCUUGUGGGAAAUGUUUGCAUUCUCAGGACUCAGCUCCUGCAGCAACUUUACACUUCAAAGGCAGUCAGUGAUGAAGCUGUACUUACACAAGAUUCAGAUGAGGAACCUUUUGUGGGAGAGCUCAGUAGCUCUCAAGGUCAAAGAGGACAUACUAGCACGGAAGUCACGUAUGUUGAACCUGCUGCUGCUGCUGCUGCUGCUGCUGCUGCUGCUGCUAUCUCAGACGACCAAAUCGAUAUUGCAGAGGUUGAGCAGUGUGGACCACAAGAAAACGUUCAUAUGUUUGUAGAUUCUGAUUCAACUUAUUGCUCCAGCACAGUUUUCCUGGAUACUAUUCCUGAAUCUCCAGCCUUAUCCUUGCAAGACUUUCAGGGUGAGCCUGAGGUGAAUCCAUUGUACAGGGCAGACCCAGUGGACCUGGAGUUCUCGGUGGAUCAAGUGGACUCAGUGGACCAGGAGGGCCCAAUGGACCAGCAGGACCCAGAGAACCCAGUGGACCUGUUGGACCAGGCAGGCCUGAUGGAUCCAGUGGAUCCAGAGGACUCAGUGGACCUGGGGGCUGCUGGCGCAAGUGCUCAGCCAUUACAGCCAUUAUCACCAGUUGCAUAUGACAUCAUUAGCCAGGAACUGGAACUGACAAAGAAGUUGAAGGAGCAGCUAGAAGAGAGGACUCGGUUGCUGCAUGAUGCCAUCCAAAACCAGCAAAAUGCAUUGGAAUUGAUGAUGGAUCAGCUUCAGAAGCAGCCAAACACAUUACGCCGCAUUGUCAUUCCUGACCUCCAAUCUUUGGAGGCAGUGCCCAAGAAACAACAGAAACAACACCCUGGGGAAGUGAAGCAGCCUCUUCCACAUCCCGAGGAGGUCAAGUGUUUCUGUGGUUUAUCUUUAUCCAACUCUCUCAAAAACACUGGGGAGCUUCAGGAGCCUUGUGUUGCCUUCAACCAGCAGCAACUGGCGCAGCAAGAACAACACCUGAAGGAGCAGCAGCGGCAGCUGCGAAAGCAGCUGCAACAGCUGAGGGAGCAAAGGAAGGUGCAGAAGCAGAAGAAGAUGCAGGAGAAGAAGAAGCUGCAGGAGCAGAAAAUGCAGGAGAAGAAGAAGCUGCAGGAGCAGAGGCGGCAAAAGAAGAAGAAGCUGCAGGAGCGGAAGAAGUGGAAGGGGCAGAUGCUACAGAAAGAGCCAGAGGAGAAGCAGCAGUUGCAAGAGCAGCCACUGAAGCAUAGUGUCAUCCUGGGGAAUCAGAGGGUGCAGAUAUGCCUGCAAAACCCAAGUGACGUAUCUGUGCCCCUCUGCAAUAACCCUGUUAGAUUUUUACUGACCCAACCCAUUGUUCCUAUCCAGAGAGCAGCUGAACAACAGCCCUCCUGCUUCUAUCAAGAUGAAAACUGUGGGCAACAGGAAGAUGAGAGUCAAAGUUUUUAUCCUGAGGCGUAUCAAGGGCCCCCCAUGAACCAGCUGCCAUUGAGAGAUACCUCAAACUCUGAGACAAUUUCUUCUUCCAGCAUUCCUCAGUUUCCCAUAACUUCAGACUUAACCAUAAGCACCCUGGAGACCCCACAGGAUUACAUCCGGCUUUGGCAUGAGUUGUCUGAUUCACUCGGUCCUGUUGUCCAAGUGAAUACUUGGACUUGCGAUGAGCAGGGCACCCUGCAAGGCCAACCCACCUACCAUCAGGUGCAAAUUUCUGAGGUAGGAGUCGAGGGACCUCCUGAUCCACAGGCUUUCCAAGGCCCUACUGCAUACCAGCCAGACCAGAUGAGAUCUGCGGAGCAGACCAGAUUGAUGUCUGCAGAGCAACAUGACUCAAAUAAGCAGUGCUAACACUUAUUAAAGUCCCUUGGGGUAGGGGUUAGUAGGUAGAGACUUAUUUGUUUCCUGAUAGGUUAUGUUUGUAAUUGUUUGUUAAGCACAGCCUGUUUCUUGGAAGUUAUGCUGCAGAGGCAGCCUGUGAUCCGUAGUAUGCUAGGGUGUGACAGCAGCCAGCCACAGCUGGAUCUGAUGUCUUGUCUGCCCUGCCCAGCUUUGCAUAUCCAUGUUCUACCACAGGAAGGUGGCCUGCCAAGAGUCUGCUCAAAGUUUUCAACAUAAAGAAAAAAGAAAAAAAAUGCCAGAGUGAUUUUCAAUCUAGUAAAUCUAGAGGGUGUUUUGUCUCAGCCACAAGAAUUCUGAGGUCUUGACCCUGAUGAUCAAGCCCUGCCUCCCCUCCACAGUCUUGUUGGAGAAGCCCAGAGAGAAUGGGACUCCAACUAAGGGAACCUGAAAUCAACUCAAUGGAGGCACUUCAGAGCUAAAAUAAUUAUGACUUCCUUGCUUAAUAAACAUUUUCUUU